CAAACCUGAAGUGCCUAAGGCUCAAUAAUUUGUUGACACCUGCUCUAAACUCCCCAGUUUUUGUUAUUUUACCUUUAAAUACAAGAAUGCCUUCAGAAUGUGGUUAGUUGGGGUCGUGACAGCAACGAAACCAUUUUUCAUCGUCUUUAUGUAUCAAUAUUCUGUGUGAAUGUGUGUAUGUGACUGAAUGAUUUGAAAAUGUGGGCGGUUUCUAUUACUUGCAUAUUAUUUUUGAGUGCUGUAAUUUGUAAUCCAGUUGUAAGAAUUAAAAACGGUGCAAUAAAAGGACAAACUUUAAAAUCAAGAGAUGGCCGAGAUUUUUAUUCAUUUACUUCCAUACCAUAUGCAAAACCACCAAUUAAUGAACUUAGAUUUAAGCCUCCAGAAACAGUAGAUUCGUGGGAUGGUAUUUUAGAUGCCACGAAAGAAUCAAAUAUGUGUAUACAAACUAACCAUUUCUUUCCGUCAAUUAGCCACCUAAUACUUGGCGAGGAAGACUGUUUAUAUUUAAAUGUUUACACACCAAAUAUAAAUGGAAAAUUUCCGGUUAUGUUUUGGAUACACGGUGGAGGAUUUCUUGCUGGCCAUAGCGGGUCUAACAUUUUUGGAGCUGAAUAUUUUAUGGACAAAGAUGUUGUUUUGGUAUCUAUAAACUAUAGACUUGGAUUAUUUGGAUUUAUAAGCACCGAAGACGACGUGAUACCAGGUAACUAUGGAUUAAAAGAUCAAGUCUUGGCAUUACGUUGGGUCCAGGAAAAUAUUGCUAAAUUUGGCGGCGAUCCUGACCAGGUGACAAUAUUCGGUGAAAGCGCGGGUGGUGCCAGUACAGGAUAUCAUUUAUUAUCUCCAUUAAGUAAAGGCCUGUUCCAUAAAGCCAUACUCCAGAGUGGUACACCUUUGUGCCGUUGGGCUGUUGCUCCACCUGGAUUAAUUCGUAAGCGUACCGAAGCAGUUGCUGUUAUCGCCGGAUGCCAUUUCAAUACUUCUGAAGAAAUAUUGAACUGUUUAAAACAGCUUCCAGCUAAUUAUAUUGUCGAACUUCAUAAUAAAUUUGUGGAGUGGAUUAAUCAUCCAUGCAUAAUAUUUCCGCCUGUAGUUGAAUCAUGCGUUUCUAACCAAGAAUCGUUCUUAUGUAACCAUCCAUUUAUUGACUUUAAACAAGAAUCUUUUGUACCGACUAUUAUUGGUUUUAAUUCGGGCGAAGGUGGUGUAUUUGCUUCAAAUUUAUUCAACGAUACUUCUCUUCAAUAUCCGGAACUGGCUACCGAUUUUAAUCGUCUGUUACCUAUUCUAUUAAUGUACAAACAUGUGUCAAUGCCUAAACAUUUGGACGAAAUUAGUAAUCGGAUCAUAGAAAGAUAUUUUCCAUCAGGAAAAAUAGAAAACGACUCUCAUUUGGAUACAGUCAAAAUGAUUGGAGAAGGCACUUUUGUUACGUGUGCAUUGGACAUGAGCAUUAAAUUAUCAUCACCAGUCUAUUUUUAUUUAUUUGAUUAUAAAAAUAAUGAAUUUUCAUUCAACCAUGUAUAUGGCGAUUGUAAAAAACCUCUUGGAGUAAGCCACGCUGAUGAAUUGAUCAGCUUGUUUUCAUUGAAGGAAUUGAAUCCCAAAGGAUUAAGUGACAAAGAAAUAGAAAUGUCAAAGCUCAUGGUUAAUAUUUGGGUCAAGUUUGCAUCAUCUAAAAUACCUACGAUUGACGGAACGGACAAUGGAAAAACUUGGCCUGAAUUUACUUCUAUCAGGGAAUCACUUUUUCUUUACAUAGAUUCAGUCCAACCAACAAUUAUAAAAAAUCCAUUUGAAAAGGAGUAUACAUUUUGGAAUGGACUACCUUUAGUAUCGCGUUUCAAUAAAUUGAUAUCACCAAUCAAUUUAAAUGUAAAGGACGAAUUUUAAUAUUAUUAUAAUUUUUACCUAACUAUAAACAUUUUUUUUUUAAAUUUUAAAUUAACUAAAUAUCAGGUGAUAUACUUUAAUAUUUAAAAUGAUAUUAUGUGAUACCAGUUUAAAUUACCAUGCUAUAUUUUUAACGUUCGAUUCAACAAUACUAGAUAUUGUUAAAAUUAUUUUCUAUUAUUUUAUAGGGAUGCUUUAUUUGAUUUAUAUUUUUUAAAUGUAUUAGUGCUGUUUAUUUUUAGUUUUUUUUUUUUAAUUAUCUUAUGCUUUAAAAAUAAGAAACAUGUGUAUAAUUCUAAUAAAAUCGUAAUAAUACAUUGCGAAGAUUUAAAUGUGAACUACUUAUAUAUAAGCGAGAAGAGAAAGAGAGUUGACAUUAUGCAUUAAAAUUAGUGUAACUAAUAUUAUUAGUUUGUUAAAAUAAGUUAUCGAAGUACCAAUAAGCAAUAGUUUAGUUUCAUAUUUAGUAAAUUGUUAUUUAUACAUUUUUUGUAGUUAUCAUCAUCAUUGUUUUCAUUGGGUAUGGAUUAAUAUUUAUUGUGUUAACUGGUUUCAGUAAUAUUUAGUCGUUUGGUAAGAAUACUGUUAAUGAGCUUAAAAUGUGUGCUAAUUGAAGUCGCAUUAGUCAUUUUUGAAUAACUAGAAAAUGUUUUGGAUUUUAAAUUUUUGAAUUUCUUUGAGUUCUUUAUAAGUUGGACAACUCUAUACUAACAUUGUAAUUGUUAUGAAAUGAAUGUGCUGAUUUCAUGGUGA